AUGCGUCGACAUAAUGUUAAACUUGAUUUCACUUCGAAUUCGAUCCUUUUCGACUCCCUCCGCUCUCUCCGCCAAUGCAAAUAUGAACCCGUUCCCGCCUAUGUCCAGGGUGUCUCGAGCCCGCUGCCUGCCACACAUUAUCUAGAGGUAGAAAGUAUAUCGGCAGCCACGUUCUAUGAGAUAACUAAGUACUUAGAAGUCUUCGCGGCGUUUGAAGAAGGAGCUAAACAACUACCUCAACAUCGACCCUAUGACCACCGCAUCAGGCUAAGAGAAGUAACUGAACCCCCAUUUGGUGCCCUGUAUAGUGUCUCCCGAGAUGAGCUAACAACUUUGAAGGAUCACCUGGACACGGAAGUGACAUCGGGACGAAUGGACCCAAGCUCCUCCCCCGCUGGUACCACUGUCCUAUUCAUCAAUAAACUGGGAGGUCGUCUCCGCUUCUGUUUAAACUAUCGGGGAGUAAAUGAAAUUACCAUCAAAGACCAAUACCCCCUGCCACUCUCCAAGGAAACCUUUAACCAGAUCAGUGCAGCUAAGUGCUACCCUAAGCGCAAUCUUCGGGCAGCUUAUAAUCAGAUCAGGAUAGUAUGCGGAGGCGAGUGGAAGAGAGCAUUCCGCACCCGCAAUGAUUUGGAAUCCCACAAGGAUCAUGUCAACCAAGUUCUACAAGUCCUCACGAAUAACGAUCUGUACUGCGCUCCUGAAAAUUGCGAAUUCUAUGUGCAGGACACCAAGUAUCUCGGGCUGAUAAUCAUGACAAAAGGAUUGGAAAUGGACCGCAAGAUGGUUAAGAAAAUCAGGGAUUGGAAGGCACCUCGGAAUGUCAAGAAUAUUCAGGGCUACACCGAGAUCUUGCUACCAAUUACAGCUCUCAUCCACGAUAACACCCCGUUUAUCUGA